UAAAAACAGCGCUGUUUAUCAGCAGAAGAGCAGCAGCAGCUCGCGCGACAGGAAGCGGUGACGACGUCCGGCUGAGGGAGGGGAAGGGCACGGGGCUAUGGCAUCCUCAAAGUGACGAGCAGAGAGCCUGUCUGACCCCCGAACACGCACCGCUAACCCGCAGAGAGAGAGAGAGAGAGAGAGGGCGCGGUGGAGGAGGAGGAAUAAUGGAGAAGCAGUCGAGCUCAGGCUCCGAGAGCAGCGGAGCUCCGCCGGUAUCGAGAAAACCGCGCAGCCUCGUAGCCGCUCCGACACCCCGACAGGAGAGCGGGGAGUCUCAGGACAGCCCCACAAGUUCCCAUGUAGAGUGGUGUAAGCAGCUGAUUGCAGCCACCAUCUCUAGCCAGAUCUCCGGCUGUGCUCCUCCAGAAGUCAUCACCCGAGAAUGCAAGACCGGGUGGAAGUUAGAUCAUAGGGUAUCCAGGAGGCCUAAUUUGAGGGACACUAGUGAAGAGCAUGGUUAUCAGUGUGACAGUGACUCUGAGCUGCCUCCUCACGCUGUGCAGGUAUUCAAAGACCAGCAGAGGGUGAUUCCCCUAGAUGAAGUUCCACUGGUCCCCGGGGAGACUAUUAAAAGCACUGCUAAAGAUGUGAUGUACAUCUGUCCGUUCACUGGAGCUGUGACUGGCACACUCACCGUCACAGACUACAAGCUCUUCUUCGUCAGUCUAGAGAGGGAACCCCCAUUUAUACUGGAUGUGAAUCUUGGGGCAAUCAGCAGGCUGGAGACCAUCAGUGUGCAAAGUCAUGGAGAAAACCAACGUGGGAUGGAGAUAGUCUGCAAGGACAUGAGGAGUCCAAGGUUUGCAUAUAAGAAAGAAGAGCAGUCUAAUCUGGAGAUUGUGGAGACUCUUAGUAAGCAGGCCUUCCCUCUGUCCAAUGAACUGCCUCUGUUUGCUUUCCAAUAUAAGGAGGAGUAUCCAGUAGAUGGAUGGAAGGUGUAUGACCCUGUGGCAGAGUACAAGAGACAGGGUCUUCCCAAUGAAAGCUGGACUAUCAGUAAGAUAAACAGUAAUUAUGAGGUGUGUGACACGUAUCCUGCACUGCUGGUCAUCCCAACCAGCAUCAAAGAGGAUGAGCUUAGGAGAGUGGCCUCUUUCAGAGCCAAGCACCGCAUUCCGGUUCUAUCAUGGAUCCACCCUGAGACUCAGGCCACUAUCGUGCGCUGCAGUCAGCCGCUGGUGGGACCCUCAGACCGACGCUGUAAAGAAGAUGAACGUUAUCUGCAGACCAUCAUGGACGCCAACGCUCAGUCACACAAGCUCACUAUAUUUGAUGCCCGGCAGGGCAGUGUAGCAGAUACAAACAAGGCGAAAGAUGGUGGUUAUGAAAAUGAGAGUUUUUAUCAUCAUGUGGAACUCAAUUUCCUGGAGAUCCCAAACAUCCAUGUGAUGAGAGAGUCUCUGAGGAAGCUGAAGGAGGUGGUCUACCCCACUAUUGAUGAACUUCGCUGGCACUCGGCUAUAGACGCCACACACUGGCUGGAGUAUAUAAGGCUGCUGUUAGCGGGGGCGGUGCGUGUAGCGGAUAAGGUGGAGUCCAGUAAGAGCUCUGUGGUGGUGCACUGUAGUGACGGCUGGGACCGCACAGCUCAGCUCACCUCUCUGGCCAUGCUGAUGCUGGACUCCUACUACCGCACACUGAGGGGCUUCCAGGUGCUGCUGGAGAAGGAGUGGAUAAGCUUCGGACACAAGUUCGCCUCGCGUGUUGGGCAUGGCGAUGAGAACCACGCUAACUCUGAGCGCUCGCCGCUGUUCGUGCAGUUUAUAGACUGCGUGUGGCAGAUGAUGAGACAGUUUCCCUCUGCUUUUGAGUUCAAUGAGCUCUUCCUUAUAACCAUCCUGGACCACCUGUACAGCUGCCUUUUUGGUACAUUCCUCUACAACAGUGAGCAGGAGAGAAAUGAAAAGGAAGUGCAGAGUAAGACGGUGUCUCUGUGGUCGUAUGUAAAUAGUCAGCCGGAGGACUUCACCAACCCCUUCUAUGUAGAUUAUGAAAACCAAGUGCUGUAUCCACUGGCCAGCCUGCGGCACCUGGAGCUGUGGGUGGGCUACUAUGUACGCUGGAACCCUCGCAUGAGACCACAGAUGCCAGUUCAUCAGAACCUGAAGGAGCUGCUGUUUUUGCGAGCUGAGCUGCAGAAGAAAGUGGAGGAGCUACAGAGAGAGGCAUCUUCAUCACGCUCCAUCUCCUCAUCCUCAGAACACGCUUCUUCACCCUCGCAUGGUGGUACACCACUUCACAGCACUGUUUAACUGUGUAAAUACACCACACACACUCAGGCAAGAACUGUAAGUGAACGAGCACAUCAUUCAAAAUGAGCAAAAACACAAACCUUCAUGUUCUCUUUCUUAAUCCUGUAGACGAGUCACUGUAGCUUCAGAUUUGACCUUUUUUUAUAAACUGUGAAAAAGUGCUCAUAGUGUUUAAUAACUGCAUCUCGUGAUUAGCAAGAUCAGUAAGCUGCAAUUUAUGCUGAUUAAAAUCAGUACGCUGAUUAAACAUUUCCUGUUUAGUGUCUAAUAUUGGAUCUGUAAAUAUGAACAAAUUAAUUAAUAUAUUUUUAGUUCACUCUAAACUAAAGUAAGUGUACUAUCUAUUGUUUCCCCAAAACUCAACACACUUGUCUUUUAACUGCCAUCUCACAGUUGCCUCUCUGUGCCAACCCCUUACUUUUAUAUUUUAAUAUUUCUAUGCUGUUUUUAGUUGAGACUUGAAAUUUCCAUUUACUGUAUGUUUAUAGGAAAUAAUUUCUUCUACUUUUAUAUUGAUGUUUUUUAAGUUUCAUUUUAAGUCCAUUUUCAUAAUUGUUUUGCUAAUUAUUUGUUUUUAAUAGGUAUAGUGUUCUCAUGAAUAGUGUAGGGGAGUACAGGUGAAGUGUUUUAUGUAGAUUCAUAUUACGAAGAAUUUGAAUGGUCUAUUCACUGUUAUUGUAUGCAUUUUCUUAGAAAAUUGUCAUCACAUAUGUUAAAGAAAUGCUUCACUGAAAAAUAGUAGGCAAUUGAUAAAGAUACAGUGGCAUGCUGCAAAUACUAGGGCACUCCAGGUCAAAAACUGUUACUGUGAAUCACUAAGUGAGGGAAAGUUUAACCGAACUUAAAGUUAAAAAGGUGAAAUUUUCUUCCCAAAAUGUUAAGCAUUUCACUCUUUCAAGGAAGCAUACUAUAUUAUUUUUGUUUUGUAUAAUUUAAGAGAGAAAAGCAAAAGAGUUUCAGGCAAAGCUGUGGGCCCUCCAAGUGAUUUAAUCUUUAGGAAAGGUAAGGUGAUGCUAAUCACCUUCAAAGCUCUCGAAACAUUUCUCAACAUUACCUCAACAAUUAGCAUCAUCUGGUCAAAGUGCGCUGCCCACAAAGCAGUAGAAAGCUAUAGGGAAAUAGAAAGGGUUUUCUGGUGGCCCUUUUCUUAGUUCCUUUUGUUUCACAGUAAAAACAUAUUUUGACCAGGAGUGCCCAUAAUUUUUCAUGUCUCUCUGUUUUUAUAUAUUUAUUUAUUUAUUGCAUAACCUUAUAUCUAAGAGUCACAAAAUUCACAUUUGUUAUAUAAGCAUGAAACAUUUGAUGUAAUUUACUGUGAAUUGUCAGUGCAUUGUUGCUGUUAUAAGCUCAAACAGAGGUACUUUCUAUUUUUAACAAAUGGGUCAUUUUAAUAAUUUUGCUUCAUUUACAGUUGCCACAUUACUUAUAAUUUAGUUUCAAGUGCCAUUUCAGCGUAAUGAUCUCCAAAAAAAGUUUCAGAAUUAAACAUGUUAAUAGGAUUAGUGCAGAUUCACAGCAGUUGUGUUCUUAAAAUACAAUUCAUACCAAUCCAUACGACUGACUCGGUGCGCGCCGCUUCACCAUCAGCAGUUGGAGUCGCCGAGAGCACAAGUGGCCUAGAAAACUAGAAGUAACCCUAAAAGGUCAGACUUGGCUGCAAGGAGAUGUUCAACAUUAGAAAUAGCAAAUUUCUAAAACUGAUUUUCUUUAAGCCGCAUUUACCACGUUUGCACUUGUAGAUUGUGUUAGAUAAUUCUUUAUAAACCUGUCAUUGUAUUCCUUACCCAAAUCGUGUUUUUUUUUUUUUUUUUUAAUAAAUGCCACCUUUUGCAAGUUUGAAAAUGUAAUGAAUCACAUUUACAUUGUUUACCAGUAGGUGCCAUGUCUUAUAUAGCCAGGUCUGAAGAAACUUCUGACAUUCCAGUGGAAAAAAUAAAUAAAUAAAUAAAAAAAACAGUA